AUGUUAGCAGAGACGAUGGAUCUGCUGAAAGGGUAUGUGCAAAGUGAUGAAGAAUUGUCGGAUGAUGACCCAGCGCAGCCAAUCUCGCUGAAUAAUUGUAAAUCUCUUGCUAUUCCUGGUGAAUUAACUGUUGCUCCUGAAGUUGCAACCAAAAGUAUACUGAAACAAAUAGCAAUAGUGGAUCCAAGGACAAAAGAACUCAAAACAAAUCCGAGAUAUGAACAGCUGUUUCAGCCUGAGGCUGGUCCUAGUAACCCAUUCAAGAGCGAAAACCAAAAAGCUCAGAAGAAUGUUCUCACUGGGUUUCGUAGAGGCGGCUCAUAUCAACGACUUUCACUUCACUCGCGAGCUUCGCAGAUUGAGGCUGCUAUCGAAAAUCAAGGCGAAUCUUUGUUCGAAUCAAAGAAAACUGGCGGAGAAAAGCGGAAGCGACAAGCCAACUUUGAUCCAUCAGACAUUGAAGGAUACACAGGACCUUGGGCUAAGUACUGCGAUGAGAAGACGAUUGCUAAGCCAGAUCCCGAACUGCAGAAGGAAAUGGAUGAAAUCACUAGAAAGCGACAGGCUAACAGCCGGCGUUUCAAACGAAAGCAACAGCAACAACAGGGUGAUAACGCUGAGGAGUCUUCUGUAUUGCACUUGAAAGAAGCCCAGGAUUAUCAAGGGCGCUCAUUCCUUGUGCCACCUGCGUUCACUGGUGUCAACUUGCGGGCAGAUGCGGCUCCAGAAAAGUGUUUCAUUCCCAAGAAACAAAUCCAUGUCUACAAAGGGCAUACUAAAGGCGUUAACUGCCUUCAAUGGUUCCCAAAAAGUGCACAUCUCUUUCUGUCAUGCUCUAUGGAUACUAAGAUCAAGCUUUGGGAAGUCUAUGGGAAGCACCAGGUUGUUCGGACAUAUUCUGGCCACAAACUUCCUGUGCGAGAGGUCGCUUUCAAUAAUGAAGGGACGGAAUUCUUGUCUGCGAGUUUCGAUAGAUACAUCAAGUUGUGGGACACAGGAAACAGGCCAGGUGAGUUGGUUAAGCAACGCUUCCACACUGGUCAUAUUCCAUUCUGUGUUAAAUUCCAUCCAGACGAUGAUAAAAAUCAUAUGUUCCUCUCAGGGAUGCAGAAUAAGAAAAUUGUUCAGUGGGAUACACGUACGGGUGAGAUUGUACAGGAGUAUGAUCGUCACUUGGGUGCAGUGAAUUCCAUUACUUUCUUCGACAAGAAUCGGCGAUUUGCAUCGACUUCGGAUGAUAAAUCGAUAAGGAUAUGGGAAUGGGAAAUUCCUUUGCGAUUUGCAAAGAAAAAAGCGUUCAGAGGUCACAAUUCUGCAGGUUAUGCCUGUGUAACUGACUUCAGUCCUGAUAUGAGCUACUUAAUAAGCGGAGAUGCUGACGGUAAGCUUUUCAUCUGGGACUGGAGGACGCAUAAGAUUGUGGCCAGAUGGAAAGCUCACGAUAACACUUGCAUUUCGGCGCGAUGGCAUCCGAAGGAGAAGAGUAAAAUUUUAACGGCGGGAUGGGACAAUGGGCGACCCAUUCAUGUGACCUCGAGAAUACAGUUGGAGUACAAGCAAGACCAGCUGCGAUUAGCGAAGAAAAUUGUCGCGCUACUAAGUGAAGUGAAUGAAAUGGAGGCGGCUCACAAGCAAGCAGAAAGUCGGAGGAUCCAGGAGGCCCAGGAAAUCGAUGCCCAUCGACCGAAGUCUAAGGGCACAAGAAGUAUAGCUUAG